AUGGGCGAGUUGAUAUCUACAAUCGAACUAGAAAUUCGCAUAGCACCCCACAAAACCAACAAGCUGCAGAUGCAUACACGAAAAGAAAAUCAGUACAGAACUAACAGCAGCUGCAGCAGCAACAACAACAAUAUUAAUGGAACACCACAAACCCUACAAUCUAAAAACCCUAGAAGCAAACACCACUAA